CGGAUCCAGGGCACUAAUCACCCUCUUGCAAUUGAGCAUCGAUCCCGUGCUAUGAGAUGGGAGUCCUGAACUCGAAAUUCAGGACGAACUGUCAUAUAUUCCUGGACCGUGUUCGACAGUUCUAUAAUCGGUCAAUUGCGAAUUUGAAAUUGCACCUGUCUGAUCUCGUCCACAUGGUAUCAAGUUCAUCGCAUGCACUUAAGCAGCCCAACGACGAUACCUUUUGGUAUUAUUUAACGAGGUGCUAACGUCAUGAUCGUGACUCGCUUUAACCCACCCCAAAUCAUUGCUUCUCCAGAAGAACCCAUCAAGUUAUUCUGUUCAUCAUCUGAUCUAUCAUGUCACUCAACUCUAGUUGGACACCGGACGAAUCGUCUGAAACGCUUCUCGCAGAGGAAGGCUGGUUGCAGGGCACAGUGGUCAGCGCCGUUGCAUAUGGCAUUGGCGUCGCACUGUUCUUCAUGUGCUUCCACCUCCUUUUCCGGCAGAUGAACCGCACGAACUACAAGAAACUCCUACCUUUCCUCAUAUACAUCACCACAACUUUUAUCCUCAGCACCCUAUUUAUGGCAGCGCUGGCCGACUUCACGCAACUCGCAUUCAUUCAAUAUCGUAAUUAUCCAGGUGGUCCGAGCGCAUUCGAGAAUGUCAGCAUUCCUAUGGACAAUAUUACGGACGUCUGUGGUGUUCUGACGAUGAUUCUUUCAGAUGGAUUGGUCGUUUGGCGCUGCAUGGUAAUUUACAGAGGGUGUAUGGUGCCAAUGUGGAUCAUCAUGUUCUUCCCUUGUCUGAUGUUUGCUGCAUCCAUCGCUAUGGCUAUAAUGUGGCUGCUUCAAGUAACCGCCAGUGUUCCAUAUUUUUCCUCGACUGACAUCAACUACUCCAUUCCAUAUUUCACCCUCUCACUCGCACUGAACAUCAUCAUCACGAUCGUAAUCGUACUUCGUCUACUCACAUAUCGUCAUCGCAUUUCCAAAGUUCUUGGCUCUAGCUACGGCACUCAAUACACGUCGAUUGCUGCGAUGAUCGUUGAAUCCGCCGCUAUUUACUCCGCGUUUUCGGUGGCACUUCUGACGCUCAUUGGUCUAAACAAUGUCAUCUCGGAGACCUUUCUGGUGUCGCUGACUCAGGUUCAGAUAAUUGCAAUGUUGCUCAUAGUUUUCCGAGUCGCGCAAGGAAAGGGUUGGUCUCAGGACACCAUGUCCAAGGUCAUGACCUCGAGGCCCUCAGCGCAAACAACCCGUAUGGGUGAUUUCGGGUACAAUAUGCAGGACGGCUCCAAAACGUUUACCGGUUCCACUGGCACGGGGGUACAUACGACCCGCAAGAGUAAGGACCGCGAUUCAGCGGAAUUGAGUGUUUGAGCGAAGGUCGCUUAGUAGAUACUGAAAUAUUAGUUGUUGAAUAUCCCGAGUCGAAGUAAAUACAUGACACAAAUUUAGUAUUUAGUAUACUUGACGGUGGUACGGACCUUAGGCAGGAUUCGAUUCGAUUGUUUGUACUCCAUGAUUACUUUGAAAAUAAUACAUUCAGCCAAA